AAAGUGGCGGUCACGUGACGGACCGCGGCGAUUGUCACGUGACGGACAAGCUAUGGCGGCUUUCAUGGAGCAGGGCGUGCAGAUGGAGUUUCCCUGGAACCGGCUGCGGGUUCUGGAGCUGAUCGACCUGUACAAGAUCGAGGACGUGCUGUGGAACAUCAGCAACCGGGACUACCACAACAAGGCGAUGAGACAGGCCGCGCUCGUCCGCCUGAGCGCGAAGCUCGCCGCGCCCGUGCACGAGGUGAACAAGAAGCUGAUGAACCUGCGCACGUACUACAGCAAGGAGCUGGCCAAGGUGAAGCGCUCGCGCGUCCGCGCGGCGGCCGCCGGGGGCGGGGAGGUCUACCGCUCGCAGUGGCCCUACUUCCACUUCAUGGACCACUUCCUCAGCCCGCAUGUGGUGCCCCGCAAGUCCCACACACAGGAGCUGAGGGAGGAGAACGGUGAGGUGGAGGUGGAGCUGGAGGGAGAGGUGGAGCAAACGGAGGCCCUAAGCCCUGUGGUGAUCAGCCCUGCCCCACCCACUCCUCCUCCUCCGCCCCUCCCCGCCCCCGGCCCCGCCCCCGGCCUGAGAUGGAGCCUGAGCUCUUUCCCGGAGGUUCGGGUGGCCCGGAGGCGGGCCGUGGAGACCCCGCCCCUCUGCGGUGCGAAGCGCCACAGGGAGGACCUGCUUCUGCGCGAGGCCGUGCGGGCCUACAAGACCACCGCGGCGACCGCCUCCCUCGUCCCCGCCCCCCUGGCCCCCGCCGACGUGGACGACGUGUUCGGCAGGCACGUGGCCAAUGAGCUGCGGCUGGUGGGGGACCUGCGCGCCAAGCAGUACGCCAAGCUGCAGAUCCAGAACAUUCUGUUCCAGGCGCAGUUCGGCCUGUCCUCCCCGUUCCCGUCGUCCGCUGGACCCCCCUCCCCCGACGGCCUGCCCCUGGACACAGAGCUCCCCCCGGACCCUGCCUUCCUGCACCUGCAGAUGCCUUCCUCCUCCUCCUCGUACCCCCACGCGGACAGGGGGAACCCCUCUCUGCAGGUGCUGAAGAGCAGCCCACGAUCUCUGGAGCCCUCAGAGUAA